UUUGACACCUCACGGAGCAGCAGCAGCAAUCCUGCACAUGCCUGUGUUGUUGUUCGAGCGCGCAUGUAAUCAUCCAGAGACUUUACCCAGUACGUUAGUAGCUUACAGCAGCGUCACGCAGUUUUGCAGAAAGUUAUCGUUUUUACGUCGAUGUUGUGGUUGUAUGGUUGAGAUGGAGGCGCUGCUGAAGAGAGAGCUGGCCACAUCUGUCCUGAAGAGCACUGGUCAUUCAGGAGGAGGCUGCAUUAGUGAAGGCCAGAGCUUUGACACGGACACGGGAAGAGUGUUCGUCAAGAUCAACCACAAGAAUGAGGCUCGGAGAAUGUUUGAUGGAGAAAAGGCGAGCUUGGAGGCAAUUCUGUCCUCAAACACUGUGAAAGUGCCCAGGCCAGUAAAGGUUGUGGAUCUUGAGAGAAGUGGAGCUCUUUUCAUUAUGGAGCAUGUGGAUAUGAAGAGCUUAAAUAAAUACUCAUCAAAAUUGGGGGAACAGCUGGCUGACCUGCAUCUUUACAACAAGAGACAGAUGGAGAAACAAAGGAAGGAGCAGCAGACUGUUGGAAAGUCUGAAGUUGUAGCAGUCAACAAGUUUGGAUUUGAGGUGGCUACAUGCUGUGGUUAUAUCCCUCAGGUGAAUGAUUGGCAGGAGGAUUGGGUGUCCUUUUACUCCCAGCAGAGGCUGCAGCAUCAGCUGGGUUUGGUGGAGCAGUCAUAUGGAGACCGAGAGGCCAGAGAACUGUGGGCCAAACUCCAACUGAAGAUUCCUCUGCUAUUUACAGACGUAGAGCUGGUUCCUGCUCUGCUGCAUGGAGAUCUGUGGGGAGGAAACGUAGCCGAAUGCACUGAUGGUCCCGUCAUCUUUGACCCCGCCUCAUUUUAUGGCCAUUCGGAGUACGAGCUGGCUAUUGCCGGCAUGUUUGGUGGUUUUGGGAGCUCGUUUUACAAUGCCUACCACGAGAAGAUCCCCAAGACCGCUGGCUUUGCAAAGAGGCAUCAGCUAUAUCAGCUGUUUCACUAUCUGAAUCACUGGAAUCAUUUUGGUGGAGGCUACAGGGGGUCUUCUCUACGCAUUAUGAAGGAUCUAACAAAGUAGAUUCUAACAGCGUGAUUCAAUAACAGAUCACCUUAAGUCUUCAUUAAUAAAGGUGGAUGUUAAAUUAAGCCACACACUGUGAGCAUGACCAACAGAAUUUAAUAUAGCUUCACCAGUCUAAUGAAAAUGCAUUGACAUGGUGAGGAACUCUAAAGUCUUAAAGGGAUAGUUUCACCAAACUUGACAAUUUACAGUUAAUUUACUCACUGUCAAGCCUUUUUUUUUGCUUCAGUAGAACAUUAAUGAAUAUUUUUAGCUGAAUCUGUGGUUUUUGGUGAUUUUGUAUUAUGCAAGUCAGCCUGUUUUUGAGAUUAAAUAUAGACCUUUUUCAUAGAAAGCACAAUGAAUCAUUAUGCUUUGCAUGUACACUUAAGGAUGCCCCGGACAUCCGUUUGGGAGCUUGAUGCAUAUAAAGAAUCACAUUUGGACAGUUUUGAAAUGAUGGUUUUAAUCAUUUUUACUUGCUUUUAACGUCUUCGGAGAAAUACUGCUUAUCAGCGCCACCUCCUGAAUUGAUUAUUUAAAAUAUGUGAUGUUAUGGGAAUGGAAAACAAGUGCUAUGAACUACUUACUGUCUUUUACCCUCAGAGCAUUGACAUUGCUAAAGUGAGCAAUUUAUUUUCUUGUACACUUUUUUUAUCCAAAUAUAUAACCAACCAAAAUAAAUGUAAUUCCCCAAACUGUUUGACACACAAGCUAUCCAACUUUACUAACGUAGUGAAAAUGGACAAUUAAAUUACAGAAAAAACAUAAAUCAUGGUAAAUACACAAUGCAAACUAAUUAACUGGAAUAUAAACUGCUCCCGAUUAAUAAAAUCAACAUGCAAAUCAGCCAGCAUAGUAUCAGUAAGGUACAUUUAUUGGUAAUUUUAAAAAAUUGGAUGGGUUACAUAUAUUGGCAUGGGCUGGCAUAAGAUUCUGAUGGUAUGAUAACAUUGGAAAAAAAAUAUUAUGGUUUCAUGGUAUUACAAUAUUAGCAAUUAGUGCUCUGAAAUAUGUUCUUUUUAAAUGUAUGGGUAAAAAAACAGCAUUUUUCCCCAUUUAAUACAAUACAUUUUACAUUAAGUAACAUUUACAAUAUUUUGGAACGGCAGCUUUUGAUGAGGGGGCUCCUUUUCUGCUGGAUGUACUGUUGCCCUAAAAAAACUAAAUAAAAUAGUCAUAAAAGAACAACAACUUACAUAUACCGUAAAAACAGUAACAAAACAUUUUUGUGAUUUUAAAACUUUUCCAAAUCAUGUUACACCUUGAAACCGGUUAUCAUUCCAUGCCUAGUUACAAACCUAUGGAGUUAUGCCAGUAAUAUGGGUUGCUCUUUAUAAUGCAGUGAUGUAUUGAUGUGUGCAUGCUCUUCAAGAGCCUGCUGAGCACAGUAUGACAGCUGACAGGUCAGAAGUGUUGACACUGUAUUUCAACAUUGUAUCUAAAGGCAGACACUAAAUUAGGUGAAUGAUUUUUCUCUUGUACUUGAAAAACCGCUUUAAGUGUUCAUUACAAAAAGAACCCACCUGUAACCCACUCAAAACAGUAUAGUCACUCACUUUUAGAUUGAGAACCACCAGUUGAGAAAUGCUGCUCAAGGUGAUGACGAUUCUAAACAAAAGUUUGAAGCAUCCUACUGGAAAGCGCUUGUGUCACCCAUAGACUGGUGUCACCCUCCACACAGCAGUGAAGACAAAGGUCUCUAAACGCAUUUAAGCAAUUCCAAAUUAAUCCCAGUGGCUCCUGAUGAUACGCUGAGGUCUUGUGAAGCACAGUAAAUUGGUCUUUAUGGGAAAUGAAACAAUAUUUACAAUAUUAUUAGCUUUAAUCCACAGUGAGCAAAUUGCAUUUGAUGGUGUAUGCAUGAGACAAACUAUUUAUAAGGGUUUAUACCUGAGAAUGCCCAAGACGUGGCUACUGAUAAUAAAUUAUGCUCCACUCAAAAAAUGAUUUUCAAAUAACUGACUUGUUUAAAAUGAGGCCACUUAUUUGUUAAAUCCACAAUUUGCUAAGUUAACUUAAUCGAUUGGUGUUGGGACAACAUAAAUUAAUUGUGUAGAACCCUGCAUUUUUUUAUGAUAACAGAACUCAAGUCUAAGCCCUUGGUCACACAAUAAUAUUGCAAAUAUUGUUUGAUUUUUUUCCACAGGCUGAUCGUUUUGCUUCAUAUUGUAAGACCUCAGUGUGUCAAUUUAACCAAUGGGGAUUCAUUUGGAUUGGUUUAUUUUUAAUAUCAAACAUUGCUGACCAUUGACUUGCAUUAUACAAAUCACAGAGGACUGGAUUCAGAUAAAAAAUCUUUAAACUACAUCUUGGAUGAUCUAGGGUGAGUUAAUUUACAUAAAUUUGUCAUUUUGGGGUGAACUAUCCAUUUGAAAAUAUUUGCACAGAAAAAAGUGGAUAAAUUGUAUUUUAUGGCUAAUUGCCAAACGAUGUUGUUGCAUCAUUCCAUUUUAAGGAUUGCACUUUAAAGGUGUACUAAGUGAAUUUUGAAAUGUCCCAAAAUACACUUGCAGCAAAUCAGCAGUAAGGGGCAUGUUCAGUAACAAUUGAUAUCAAAUAGGGGCUGGUUCCUGUUGCUUAGUAGGUGUUUGCUUUGGAGCUUUCAAAUAACAAUAUUUUUUGUCUAGAAUUGGUUAGUGUGCCCUUAACUAAACUACAUAUGCUUUUGAAGAAAGCGUUUUUUCUUCUUCAGAUUUACUGAUUGAAAAUGUGUGCACCGAGUAGCAUUAUAUGAUAACAGAAAGUUGUUUAACUUCUGUAUUACUAAUUUUUAGCAUAGUGAUGCUGAGAAACAACUGAAUAUGGUUUAUUGAGCUGGUGAUGUCAUGUAACUUUUCAGUUUGCAGGAGUCUCACGCAUACAGUAUAUUAUGUAUGGAUAUUCAAAUAAAAAGUUUUUAAAAUUA